AUGGAAAGAGAAAACCUCCAUGAUUCUUCGGACGAAGCUUGUUGUAGUGACGAAGAAGCUGCACAAAGUCUGGCCGAGUUGCAGCAGCAUAAGACGUCCAAAUUUCAAAAGAAAUGCGGUGGACGAAAUGUCACUCUCCUCAUACAAAGGUCUUUACCUGCGAUUUGUGUAGAGGAUAGACUCCAAUGGACCAUCACCAUUAAUUCUGUUCCCGACACUCAUCACUUUGAGCGCUUGGUCGGUAGUUUCAAUCGAUCCUCGUCUCCUUACAAAGGGCCUCCAUUGCCAGCUGUUGAUGCCGCAUGGGCCGAAUUGACCGACUAUGGCGCAAUCAGCAUAUCAGAGGAGACUUUCGGGAAGCUAAAUGCUUCCAAAAAUCCUGUAAAGGUUCCAGCCGAAUAUGGGGGCGGGAGACUAGCUUUCGCGGAAGCUAUUCACCAAUUGCAUUGCUUGGAAUCGCUAUGGCGACAUACAUAUCCAGAUUGUUAUAGAGAAGCCGCAAGAAAAAUCAAAACAAACGACCAAGAGUGGCACGACCAUAUGGAUCACUGUGUUGGCAUGUUACGUCAAAAAUUAAUGUGCGAUGCUGAUGUACAUCUAGUCGCCUAUAACUGGUCGAAAGGCCACGAUGCUCCACAUCCCAGUUUCAACACGGCAAGGCAAUGUCGAAGUUUUGAAGCCGUCAGACAGUAUGUCAUGGAAAAUGCCCUUGAUGGCUCUAACCUACCUAAGAUGUAUUUUGAAAAGCCUAAAGACGGUUCUGUAAUGGAGUUCGAGGAACCUCCAUUUGAUCCUCUUGCCGAUGGACGGCCAUCAAACCACCACUAG